AUGGGCCCGCCCAACGAGCGCACCCAAUCGGUCUCGUUCCAGCUGCCGUCGCAAAGAGAAGGAAACGGCGAUUCGGAAAACACUUCGCCUCCCAAUGGCAACACGGCGCCUGCAGUGGGCGCUGCCGCAGCUGCACAACAGCCCAAGGUCGUCCAGACGGCCUUCAUACACAAGCUAUACAACAUGCUCGAAGACCAGAGCAUUCAGCACCUCAUCUCCUGGGCGAGCACUAACGAGAGUUUCGUCAUGUCCCCCUCUAGCGAGUUCUCCAAAGUCCUUUCGUCCUACUUCAAGCACACCAACAUUUCCUCAUUUGUGCGCCAGCUGAACAUGUACGGCUUCCACAAGGUGAGCGACGUUUUCCACACUGGAUCGCCAGACACCCCGCUAUGGGAGUUCAAGCACGGCAACGGAAACUUCAAGCGAGGCGAUCUGGUCGGUCUGCGCGAGAUCAAGCGACGUGCUUCUAGACAUGCCCUCGUCCAUCGCGAGUCCUUCCCCGCGCCCAAAAUGCCCCUUGGCCCACCAGCUGGGCAGGCGGUCGACCCAAUGCCGGACCCUGUCGAGUCACGUCUCCAGAGUCUCGAAUAUAACCUCCAUGACAUGCAUGCGCGCAUGCAGCGAUCGGAAGACACAUGCGCAUACCUCACUCAAAGGAGUUCGGUGCUAGCCGAGGGCAUGAUGAAAUGCCACCAAUGGAAUCAGGACCUUGCAAACCUCAUCAUGCAAAUGGUGCCGGACCCGGAAAACCCUAUCCAUAGGGAUGUCGCUAUGAUGCAGCGUGAAAUUGCUCGACAAACAGACAUGCUCCGAGCAUUGGAGCCACCAGAAGAUGCACCUCUCUCCGCACGCCAAUCCUACUUCAUGCAAAGGAUCCUUGGCGAACGUUUCACGGCAAGCUCCAUACAAGGCUCCGAUCCCGGCCCAUCUUGCAAUUUCUCCGCGACGUUACGGUUCAAUAGGCACGGGUAA